UCUUACCACACAGCACCAUCAAAUCUGAUCCGAGUGCAGACUGAAGACUGAAGACAGACCAGGAGGCAGACGAGGUGUAUUCUUUAUUUGUCACCAAACAGGCACAAUGAACCACAGCAAGGUUGAAUUUGAACCUUUUGAAUAUUCCUACUAUGAUUACUCAGACUGGUACUCCAACAACCCGGAGCCAACAAAGCCUCCCAAAGAAGUGAUUUUACCAUGCGACCCAACAGCGGAUGAUAAAAUCUUUCACAUCUGCAUACUAUGUCUAUCUCUGGUGGUCAUGUUAAUCCUGGCAGCACUAAGCAGGAGAAAUAAACUCUGCCAAGGAUUUACAAGAGGAUCCUCCAGUAUCUUUAGUCCAACCAACUUCCUGGAUCAGACACAGAAAAAAGGUGUGACCAUGGCUGUGUUUGGACUGGUGUUCAGCAAGUUGGCCGUGCUGGUGAUUGCUCCCGACCCUCUGCCGUUCUCCAAAGAUACUCCAGCUGAAAUCAAAGAGUUCAUGAAGAUAAUCGCCAUCUUCUACUAUCCAAUCCUCUACUACCCUCUGAUGAUUUGUAGCACUCUGCAUCACAGAACAGCUUAUGUGUUUGGGACUCUGCUCUCAUUCUGUCAUUUUGGAGUACUGCUGUGGCAGAAGUUUGACUGUCCAAAGACUCCAGAGCUCUAUAAGUUCUACACUUUGCUUGCCGCGUUACCUCAGCUGGCCUGCCUGGCUUAUCUUUGCAUCCAAUUUCCUCUGCUGUUCUUCAGAGGAGCAAAGACUGAAGAGGAUCUUGACAGCAGCUACUACAGUGACUAUGUGAAAUCACUGCUGAAGAAGAAGAAGAAGUCUUCAGCAGUCAGCUCCUGCUCGUCUGACAAACCGACACUGAUGGAGAGACUACUGGAAGUGCUGAAUAGUUAUAUUUAUAGACCAGAAAAAGUGUUCCGUUUCCCGCUAAAGCUGGCUGUGUCAGUGUUUGUGGCUUUUGUGGCAAUAUAUCAUACUGCACUGUUGUUAGUGGUGUUGGUAGUCCCAACUCUCCAUAUUGUCCGUGCUGGUAUUGAUGAAAACAUUGCCUUCCUCUUAUUGGGAUUUGGGAUCAUCCUCUCAGAUGACAGAAUGGAGGUUGUCAAAAUUGUGACUUUCUAUACUUGGUUGCUAGAAGUGUGCUACCUCUGUGCAAUGACCCUAUCUUGUGUGGUCAGUGUGGUCAUGCUCAUGAGGACCAUGGUACUUCACAGAUCAAACCUGAGAGGACUGUACAAAGGAGAAAUCUACAACCUUUAUAACAGUCAGAAGAGCUGCCGUCCGUCUAAAUCUGGUGUCGUCUGUUGGAUGGGCUUUACUGGAUACCAAGCUGCAAUCGUCUGUCUUGGUAUGGCAAUUCAGACUCUUGUGUUUUUCAUCUGCUUCCUGUUCCUGGUCUUCCUUGUUAUCGUCCCCAUCUUUUAUGGACGCAACCUCAUUGUUUUUGAAAUUGCCGGGAAGGCCUGGCCAGCGUGGGUCACAGUGAUCCUCAUCACAGUGCUUCAACACGUCGCUGCCAAGUUUGCGUUUGUCAAAAAAGAAGCAGGCACAAGAGAUUUAAACAACAGAGAGAGUUUGUUUCUUUUGACGUAUCUGCUGUUUCUGAUCAACACCGUGGUGGGAGUGAUAGUGGCCAUAUGGAGGAUGAUCAUAACCGCGCUCUACAACAUUGUGCAUCUUGGGCGUGUUGACAUCAGCCUUCUGCACCACACUGCAGAGUCCUACGACCCAGCAUACCGCUACUACACACACUUCCUGAAGGUGGAGGUGAGCCAAUCACACCCGGUGAUGAAGGCUUUCUGUGGGCUGCUGCUGGACAUGAUGGUAGAAGGUGGACGAGUGGGGCAGAAAAUACGAGACGCAGAGGAAGGGAUCCAGCAGAGCAAGUCGGCCAGCAGUCGCAGGAUUCGCUCUCGCUGGCAGCUGAUCUACACUUUGGUCAACAACCCCUCCCUGUUGGGCUCCAGGAAGCACUUCCAAGCAAUGCAGGCCUCAGAGAGCCUCCUGAACGGGACCCCAAAACAUAGCAAAGAGAGAAGCAGCAAGAGAGAAGCUGACAGGACAUCUAGUGAGUCUGCCAGGGCCAGUGAGAACCAGGAUAAAACUGAAUGAGAUCAUAGUCAUUACAGCUGGGUUGGCAUCAUCAGGUGAACUAGUCACAGAGCUGCUAUGAAUUCAGGCACAAAUAAAAUCAUGAUGUUCUUAAAAGUCUAAGAGUAAAGGUAGAAGGUUGGAUUUGAUAGUUAAGAAGACAUUGAUUGGCCUUACUGACUCAUCAUGUGAGGGCAGUCAAAUAACAUAAGAUCGUGGAUUCUGGUGGUUCUUCCGUAUAAAAUAAAACGUUGCUUUAAUAUUGUUCUACUUUCUUUAUUCAAUAGUAUGAUACAUCUGAAAUUACAGAGUUACAGCAUUACUGAUGUCUAAUCCAAGAUACAGUCAUCCCUCGUUUAUCGUGGUUAAUUGGUUCCAGACCUGACGGCGAAGUGAAUUUAGGAAGUAGGAUUCAAUAUUAUGAAACAGCAUAUUUUCGUAUUUAGAGCAUAGAAAACCUGUUUAUGGUUUUCUAAAUAAGCUUUUUUAACAUUAUUAGAGCCCUGUAGAAAUGAAAUAACACCCCUACAGUCACCUUUACCCUCCUAUUAUGCUUUGUUUACACCACAUUGCGCAAGCUACACAAUAAGAGACAGCCGCCGCUAGCAUCGCAAGCGACAGAGCUAACUAGUUAGCCUCUCCAAGUUACUCGUAGUUUCUCAUUUACUUAUUUGAAACAUUACAAUAUUUUUCAUGGAGUGAGAAAGGACAAAGUAAGACGCCAGGAACAUUCCACUUCCACAUGGAAUGAGAGGAGAACCUUUUUUUCGCUUGAUCAUGUCAGACAUGCCAUGGCUGACUCCAUGCAGUGUUAAGGUAAUAUAAUCUAAGGUAAUGUCUUGUAAAUGUGACAUUACUGAUGCCUAGUGACCAGAAUAAUAACUUUUCUUUCAAUCUUUUUUGGUUAAUACACUAGGUCCUCAACUUACGAACACCCGACUAGCGAACAUUCGCUGAUACGAACACAAGCCGACUGGUCUAUAUUUUAUUUUAUUUUGCCUUGUCGUCGCUCAAUCAGUGUUUAUACUGCUACUAUACAUGCUUGACCUGUAGAGGGCACUGUGACACUGCUAAUGGGAUCAACAGAGGAAGAGUUAGACGCUGGGGAGAUAAAGCUAAAUGGAAAGCUAAAUUAUACAACCCGGACAGAGCGUGUGAUUAAAGUUUAUGAAGAGUUAAUAGGCCUGCUUAAUUCUACACCACCCACAGAACACUACCUCUUUUAGAAGAGUCUAACGACGACGACGAUUUGUCCUUUUUUUCAAUAACUCCUCCUCCAAUUCCUCCACAACGACGUAUGCUCGACCACUCCUCUUCAAAGGUAAAUAACAUUUAUCAUUACGUAUUAUUAUAUCACUUUUAUUAUUGUUUUUUUCAUUAAUUAUCCUUGUUUAAUAUUACUACUACAUCCAAACUCAUAGUUACAUACAUACGCAUAUACUGUAUGUAUACACGUACAUGUAGUACCUAUAUCAUUGGUAAUAUUACCUUUUCCCCUACUUAAGAAAUAAUUCGACAUAAGAAUGGUCGUCUGGAACCAAUUGUGUUCGUAAGUUGGGGACCUAGUGUAUUGGCCAUGGUCUACCAUGAAGCAGUGGUAAUUUAAGGGAGCGAUGUUCAAACUGCGAUGUAGCGACGGAUGACUGUUCUAGCUGGUGUCAAAGUCCAUAUCAGCACAUAAGUGUAUCAACUCAACUAUACGAUGAAUCCUCAUUUCAGAAACAUUUUCUUUCGCAACUGACUGUUCAAGUUAUAUUAGAGCAGGGGUCUCAAACACAAUUUACCUGGGGGCCGCUGGAGGUAGAGUCAGAGUAAGGCUGGGCCGCAUCAAGUAUUGGGAAUAGGGCUGGGAAUCUCGGGGUACCUCACGAUACGACACACGAUACAUGGCUCACAAUAACAAUAAUAUCUUGAUACAGGAAUAGGGUGAAUCAAAUAAAUAAAUACAUAAUUUCACAGUUUAUAUUUUGCUGCAUUCAGCUGGGAUAGGCUCCAGCUUACCCAUGACUCUCUCUUAGUUCAGUGUAGGCUUACAGUAUGUGUGCAUCCUACGAGUAACACUGGCUUGUCGCACGCCGUAUUACAGUCAUCUUUGAAGACAAUUCGUGGGCCGCAAAAUGUGACUCGGCGGGCCGCAAAUGGCCCACGGGCCACGACUUUGAGACCCCUGACUUAGAGCUUCCGGGCCGCAUUUACAGUAGUCUUUCCUCUCAAGUCGUGGUCCGCAAAAUGUGACUUGGCGGGCCGCAAAUGGCCCGCGAGUUUGAGACCCCUGUCUUAGAGGAUAUUUUGCCUAACAUCCGAGCAGGCUUCAUCGGUUCAUGCUCACGACUAGGUAGGACAGCUCUUGUCUGAAGGGAUGGUGUAGGAUGGGUGUUUGCAUCCCAAAAGAGAAAUCAUUCUUGGUUGGGGCGUGCCUCUACCUUACAGGACAAAUACCUGGGUCCUACACCAUCCCCUCAGACAAAGGUUUUCCUAUCUAGUCGAGAGCAUGAACUGGUGAAGCCUGCUCAGAUGAGAGGUGAAACAACAGGACAACAUGAACAGUCAGCUGAGAUCGAUCUGAGAAUCUAAGAAUACAACGACCCGAAUGAAUGACAAUAUUCACAGACAUGUCAAAGACAUAAUAAAUCUUUAAAAAAAUACAUAUAUCAGCAAAACAACAACUGAUAGUUUGCACUAAAUAUUUUGUAGUUCUAGGUCACCGGUGUGUUGUUUGAUGCCAUAUGUUGGGGUGCAUGUACUAAUCUGUAAACCCUGAAUAGAAGACGACCCAUGUUUUAUGCUAGGGAAAAAAUAGCAUUUUAUACAGUACUCCUCGGUAUCCAUCCAAGUGUUGAUUGUUAAAAAUGAUUGUAUGUUGCAUUUGUUGACAUUGAUAUUGUAUAUGUGGGUUUUCCUUUUGAAUUGACCCAAUGUCACUCACUCAAACAUAAGGCCUCACGAGUAAACCCAUAAAAGCAAAGCAGAAUUAUAUUUGGUCUGACCAGUGACAAUGUAAUGCUAGUUGGCCUCAGUGUUACUAACAACACUUACUUCCAAUAGUGCAAAGUCCACUGGCCCUUUGUUGUUCCAUAUUGACAUGCACAUGUAUUAAUCAGGACUAUUGAAUGGCUGCAUCACAACAGUCACUGAGCGAGAGGUCAUAGUUCCAUUUUGGUAAGACGAGGUGACACAACUGGCUUUAAGUAUCAUGUCUGCAGGCUUUUUCUGGGUCAGUAGCGUUCUGUUAGUGAUUAUUACUAGCGCAAUUGUUACUAAAUGUUCAAGACAAGUUUGAUGGAAGGAGUUUGCACAGUUAUUAAUACACCCCAGUAAAAAAACAACUUAUUCUUAGACAUGGAUAUAAAAGAGAUAAACAAAGACAGAGAACACAACACAAGUUAUCAGAUGAGUCAAGAAUAGAAUCAGAAUGCAGAAACAGAGGUCAUCAGGCAGCAUGCACAGUAUGUCUGUUAAAUGUGCCAUUAGAAAUACACUGGACUCAUACACGUUCAGUUUUUAGAAGUACUUUUACUGUUGUGUACUAAGUAGGUUGUGGUGAAAAAAAGAUACAGCACCAAACCAGUUUACCAAAGCAUGUUUUGAACAUCUACUGGGUCCAAUAGUACAGUAACCGAACAUUUAAGUCACAGUACUUUUUAUCACAAUGUUUCUCUUUGAAGCAAACCUUUGUUUUUAAGUGCCACAUUGGUAUAUGAUGUGACAUAACAGGACAAAUAUGUUGAAAUAAGUGUCUAAGGAGCAGCACACUCACCUUCUGUUGUUUCAUUUCACACUGUUAUUUUCCCACUUGUAUGUGUUGCUGUGUUUUGUAUGCGCUAAUAUUAGAGACACAUUGGACAAAUGAGCUACAUUUGGCCAAGCAAGAUAUUUAGUUUUUUUGUCUUGCAGUUGCAGUUCUUUCGAUUAAAACUUUGAGCAAGAGGCAAUAAUCUGCUCCGCAUUGCAAAACUGAAUGCAAGCAGGGCUUCCAUAUUAUUAAAUUCAAGCUCACGAUAUCGUGGAAAGGUUAGCAGCUAACUCUGAGGAACAGCAAUCAAUUCAAACAUCUAAAUACAGUUCCAUUUUGCAUUUUUUACUAGGAUGCCUUAUGAGCAGCAUAUCUUAUGCCUCAAAAUGACAACACAAUAGCGAUCCAAGUAAUUUUUGGAUCACCGAUGAAAUUACUCUAAAAAGUAACCAGUUACACUUACUAACGGUAGUUACCUUCCCCCCCAAAAUAAUAUAAUUAGUAUUGAAAUUACUCCAUCAUAAAUGUAAUUAAACACUUACACCAAUGACGUUGCCUGUACUUCCAUUUUGAAAACGACAGCUCCGUCUCACCAUUGUUGCAUCGAGUUCUUCUGCGUGGCUUAGAAAUGUGACAUUUGCAAAUGAGUUGAACAGCUCAUUUAAGUGAGCUAUGUAACGAUGAGAAAUUAUUCCCGGUUUCAUAUAAGAACCGCUCGUUCUUAUAUCUUAUAUUCUUAUAUCCGCGAAUCGGGUCUCUAAUUGAGCCGAAAACAAAGACUCCACCCGUUCGUGAACGUCACAUCUCUAUGAGCGAGCCGAUGCGCAGAUAACAGUGGUUAGAUUUAUAAUAACGCACAUUUCACGCCAGUAACGGUAACAGUAUUGCAACAUUUAACAUUGAUGAGAUUACCCGUUACUAGAAAACAGUAUCAGCUCUAGUAGCGUCGUUAUUUUUAACACCAUUACUCCCAACACUGUGGAUCACGUACCUUUCAUUUACUCUGCAGAAUUAUUGCACUGCCUGCUACAUUCAUUACUGCCUGGUUAGUUAGUUAAUUAGCUGCUCGGUAGGUUGUUGGGUGACUUGAUCCCUCAUAUCUGACUGAAGUACAUUAACAUGACACAACACAUCUCUUGACACCACUGGCACAAAGUACAAUACCAGCUUAAUCUGAGUGCAAUACAAAAGUGCACACGUUGUAACAUUAUGCUACUACAGGUUCGCAGUUACUGAUGUACAUACAGUAUUUCUCAUUGCGUGUAAUAUUAACAGCUUCAGCCCCUAAAGGAAGUCCCUCACUGAACUCUGAUCCAACCUCACAGUCGUCCAAAUUGCCUCUGGACUGAGACAAUGUGACGGACAUAGUCAUUACACUUUCUUCUGUAUCCGCCUCCUUCUCUCCAUCUAUACUCUCAGUUGCCGUCGCCUCUUCCUCUAGCUGGCUGAUGGUAAUGUUCCCCUGAGACUCUGUUAGUGGUGCGUGGAUGGUAAUGUUAGUGGCAAGUGUUCUUUCCAUCUGGUACUGGUCUCUGGCCUUCAUGAUCAGCUUGUAUGUCUUGCUGCGGUAUUUGUACACCAAGUGGAAACAUGUGGCUCCAAGUAGAGGGACAGUUGACACAGUUAGAAGGCAGAUGCUGACUGAGAUGAUGAUGAUCAGAUUAGGGGCCUUCCUUUUGGUGGUGAACAGGACUUGCACCUCACAGUCUUCUCCCUUGUAAGUCAGACACAGGGAGUAGUUGGUACCAGGCCGUAGACCACUGAGUAGGUAGGUGUUGAUGCCCUCUUUAAUCUGCGACCACAGCACAGGUGAGUGUUUGCGGUUGGUGGUGACGCACAGAUACAAUCCUCUUGAACGGAUUUCUUCAGAGUUGUCUGAAUGCCUGUGAGGCUUUUCGCUGACAUUGUGGGGGCUAUCCGGUGUGACCAUAACGGUCCAGUUUGCAUGCCUGUCUCUGGGUAUGAGAAGAGGGUUGAGCCUAACUGUUGCCUCUGUUUCUGACACCCCCAGGGCAAUGACACCAAAGUCAAACAUAUACUGCGUGGAGUCAUCCACACUCCUAUUUGAGACAUGAUUGGAAAUAUGUAUUGUUUUAGCUGUCAAUCCGCAUUUAGUUGCCCCUAUUAACUCCUCAAAAUACUGAGGGUUAACCUGUGCAGUGGGUAAGGAAGUGGGCACGACAUCAUUUCUAUCAGCUACAGAAUAUACAACAGAUGUUGCAGUUACUAUUUGUUGUGUUGUAUUGUAAAUAGCUGCUGUGGUCAUUUCUGUUACAAAUGUUGGCUCUGAUGACACUUUGACUACCAGUGAGUCUGUUGCAGUACCAAACUUGUUUGAGGCAGAGCAGCUAUAGUUUCCGCUGUCAUCCUUGCUGAGAUGUGAGAUGACGAUGGUUCCAUUGUGAUAGAUUUUGACUGGAUUACUUGACAAGGUGGAUCUCUCCUUUGGAUAUGACUGAGUAAGUUCUUGCGGUCGACUGCGAAUACUCCACAUGACCAACGGCUUUGGGUUUCCUUUAAAUUCACAAGUUAAGAUCAACGCAUCACCCUCGUACAAAGUUGUGUUGUCAACAUUAGGCUGAGUCCUUAUUGUAACAGUCGGCUGUGUGCAUCUGGACUCAGCUAAGUUCACAAUCAUUUCUCCUUUAAGUUCCUUUGGAGUAGAACAAGUGAUCAAGUUCAUUUUGGGUACUGAGAGGGUGGUGGUCAAAAACCAAUCUCUAAACCAGCUGAGGGAACAAGUGCACGCAAAAGGAUUGUUGAAGAGCUGCAAAUGGGACAGAGAAGUUAAGGAAUCGAACGUCCCCUCAGAUAUAGUUAAAAGCUUGUUAUUGUUAAGCUGGAGGGACCUCAGGUCUUUGAGGUUAGCCAAGGCAUCUCUUGGCAGGCUGACCAUUUCAUUGUGGUUCAUCUUUAGCAGCUGCAGCCUCGUAAGAUUCUGCAGAUCGCCCCAUGGAAAGUCAGCUACCUUAUUAUGGCUGAUGUCAAAGUUACGCAGAUGAACUAGAGAUGUGAGGCUUCCUGGUUGGAUGGAGACGAUUUCAUUGUGGGCCAUCCACAGUGAUAUCAUCUGGGUGACAUUGUCAAAAAUGCCUCGUGGUACCAAAUGGAUCUUGUUAGCUGAGAGACUGACAGUGGCAACAUUAUGAGGCAAGUCAGAUGGGAUUUCAGCUAAGUCUUUGUAGGAGCAUUCAGCAAAAUGACGGCGAUAUUUGAUGGAGCAGGUACAAAGUGUCGGGCAUUCCUGCAGGGCGCUAAGCACCGUAGAAACCAUCACUGUUAAAUACAGGACUUCUCUGGCUGCCAUCUUCAGCUCCUGUAACACAGUGUAACAGACUUUCAAUCAAUAGAAUACAUAGUCAUCAACAAAUACAGAUUGAAGUAGUGAUUUAUGGACACUGGUCAUCCAAUACGAAGGAAGCCUGGACAGUCCAUUAUUUAUAACAAAUUGCAGUUCCAAAUAGGGACGAGCGAGUACACAACAAUCUGUAUCUGUAUCUGUUCACCCAUCUAAGUUAUCUGUAUCCCUAGCUGUACUUAGAGUAGGCGGAGUAUAAACCGGAAGUGGGCGUGGUUUAACCAGAAAUG